UGCGUCAGUGUGUUUCAACUCCAACUUCACCUUACUCCGCAACCGAGCUCAGACAUAAGCAACAAAUAUGGAAAACAUUUACGAAAAAGUAGACGAAGGGAAUUUGUAUGAAAAACCGUGUGAACGACCAGACAGCCCAGUCGAGCCCAAGUAUGAGAACCAAGGAGCUGUUUAUGAGACACCGAGCGAGGUGACAGAGGCGAUUUACAGUGAAAUCGUGGUGCAUGCAACCGAAGAAGAAAAGCGAUCAUCACCGGACUAUAUGGACACCAGGGAGACCGUGGGUGAAAAAGAGCAACCAUCCAAAGAGCACUCAUCUUCAUCCUCUAGCGACGAUGAAGAUGAGAAAACCAAAGAUGAGAAAGUUGAAAAAGUUGAGACAAUACCAGAGGUGGCAGCAGUUGAGACAGCUGCAGUGGUCGUGGAUGCAACAGCGGAGGUUAACGGCGAGGCAGCCGACGUCUCGAGCUUCUCGAGACGCCUGUCAGCGGCAUCAUCGGCAUUCUCCGAGUCUCUCAGAGACCCGUGCGAUGACCCCCCGAUACUGCUCGAGGACGACAACGCGGAGGAUGGGAUGCUAAUGGCCUACAGUCACACCGACCUGCCCUCAGAACCGGAGGAGAUUGUCGACUACAGCCUCAAAACUCUCGAGAAUGUCACUUUGGACGAGAAUAGUGUUGCACCAGCAAAUCCCACACAACCUGAAAUCUCACUAUUUGUCAAGGCAGGCAUUGAUGGGGAGAGCAUUGGAAACUGUCCCUUCUCUCAGCGCCUCUUCAUGAUUCUCUGGCUCAAAGGAGUGGUUUUUAACGUCACAACUGUGGACCUAAAGAGGAAGCCUGCUGACCUGCAUAACCUAGCUCCAGGGACACAUCCCCCCUUCCUGACCUUCAACGGAGAGGUCAAGACUGACAUCAACAAGAUCGAAGAAUUCCUGGAGGAUGUCUUGGCUCCACCAAAGUAUCCCAAGCUGGCCGCCAAGCACAGAGAGUCCAACACAGCUGGGAACAACAUCUUCGCCAAGUUCUCGGCCUACAUCAAGAACACCCGGAUGAACGCCAACGAAGGUCUGGAGAAAGGUCUUACCAAGGCCCUGAGGAAGCUGGAUGACUACCUGAACACCCCCCUGCCUGAGGAGAUCGAUGCAGACAGCAUGGAGGACGAGAAGGCCUCCACCCGGUACUUCCUAGAUGGAGAGGACCUCACUCUGGCCGACUGCAACCUGCUGCCCAAACUGCACAUAGUCAAGGUUGUUGCUAAGAAGUACCGUAACUACGACAUCCCCUCGGACUUGACAGGUGUUUGGCGGUACCUGAAAAAAGCCUACACGCGUGACGAGUUCACCAACACCUGUGCUGCUGACGGAGAGAUGGAGAUGGCCUAUCAGGACGUGGCUAAGAGACUGGCUAAAUAACACACACAACGCCCCAUCUCAAACACACACACACAACGCCCCAUCUCAAACACACACACACACAACGC